AUGAUCAGUAUAAUAUGUUAUUUGACAAUAUUAAUAAUAUUACAAACAUGUUAUUCACAAUAUAUCCAAUAUAAUCCUGAUCUAAUGCUUGGUAAUAACUCAUGUGGAACUAUAUUAGGAUUUAAAUAUUGUCAUAGCGAACGUCAUAUUCAUAUGAAUCCUAACUUAAUAACUCUUGCUGGCUCUUUUGAUGUAUGUAGGGAAAGUGGGGGUAGUGGUUUAUUAAUUACUUUUGAUGUAAAUAAUUCAGUAUAUUAUACUCAUUGUAGUGAAUGGGAUACAUCAUGUGUGGAAGAAAAUGUUUGGCCAGAUAUAUACUAUCCAUUAAAUGUACCACCAGCACAAGCUGAUUGUACUUUGUGUGAAAUGUCUAAUUGGUCUUCUUGGGAAACUUGUUUAAGUUGUAAUAAUAUGACUCAAAGAAGCAGAAAUAUAAUUACUCCACCUGCAGGAUUUAAUGAUCUCUGUCCUUCUAAUGUACAAUAUUUACCAUGUUUAUCUAAUGUAGUUUGUAACUCAUGUAUUUUGAGUCAUUGGAGUGAGUGGUCUAUAUGUCAUAAUUCUGAAAGUAGUAGUCAAAUAAGAACAAGGCAAAUAUUAAAUAGUAAUCCAUGUGAGAUAAAUUUAAGUAAAACACCACUUAAAGAUACAAAAUUCUGUAUUUAUAAUCCAAAGAAAUGUAAUGAAGAACUUGCUGGUACUAAUGGUCUAUUAUAUCGUGGUUGCCAAAAAUUUACUCGAUCUGGCCAAGAAUGUGUAAAUUGGUUAGAUAUAGAUUUUCCUGCAUUUAAUUAUUUGGCAUCUAUUGAAUAUUCUGGUAUUGGAAAUCAUAAUUAUUGUAGAAAUCCUAUUUCAAAUAGUUCAAAUGUACCUACUAUUUGGUGUUAUGUUAGUACUAAUCCAUUAAUACCGCAAUUAUGUGAUCCUAUUGCAACAGAUUGUGUUAUUUCUGAUUGGUCACAAUGGUCUUCUUGUUCAUCAACUUGUAAUCAGGGUCAAAUAACUCGUACUCGUAUUAUACAAAGUCCACCUUAUAAUGGAGGUAAACCUUGUCCUAGUGAACUUACACAGUCACAAGAUUGUUUUAAUAUUAUAUGUCCAAUAAAUUGUGAAGUUAGUUCUUGGUCAAAAUGGUCAGAGUGUAAUACUCAAUGUGGAGAUGGUAGUAUGGUCCGUUCAAGAAGUAUAAUAACACAACCUAGUGGACAUGGAAUAGUUUGUCCUGACUUACAACAACUUAAAGCAUGUAAAGGUACAGAAUGUGAAUCAUUUUGGGAAAAGAACAAGAUAUCUAUAGUUAUUUUCUCUUUAUUAUUAUUUCUACUUAUAGUUGCAAUAAUUUAUAUUAUUUAUCCAUCAACUGCGAAUUCAGCAGAUAUAUAUGGUGAUGAGUAUAAUCCAGUAUGGGAGAAUAUAUAUUGGACAAAUAGACCUACUGAUACCUAG